AUGGGCAAGCAUGCUCAGGGACCUGCCAAGAGAGGCCUGCUUUCUUGGGCCGAGAUCGCCCCUUGGCAAAGAGACAACGAAUUCAUUCUCACGGGGUAUCGCCGAGCGUCCUUCUCCUUCAUUACAUCCGCAAGGAGCAUCCUUGAGAUACACAAUGAAACAGCAAACAUCUGGUCGCAUCUUCUCGGGGCCGCCCUUUUUGCCGCACUUUGUGCUCGCUUCUUUGCCAAUGCCGAACUCACAUUACACACCAAGGUCCAAGACGCUGUUGCAGUUGGUGUUUACUUCAUGGCCGUCAUAGUCUGCUUCCUCCUGUCCACCUCCUUCCACACCUUUUCGGAUCACAGUCCCGAGAUGCACAAGUUCGGCAACGAGCUCGACCACCUCGGCAUCGUCUUUGUCAUGUGGGGAACCGGAGUAUCAGGCGCACACUUUGCCUUCUACUGCGACGCAUCCAUCCGCAACAUCUACCUUGCGCUGCUUACUGGCACCGCCAUCGGCUGCGGCAUCCUCACCCUGCGUCCCAAGUUUCGCCAACCAGGUUACCGUACCAUGCGUUUCCUCAUGUACGCCUGUCUGGGCACCAGUCUGUUCCUACCUCUCGUGCACGGGGUGAGCAUACUGGGCUGGGAGAAACUGGACGCCGCCAUGGGCCUCGAGUCGUUCUUGGGACUGGCGACUAUCAAUUUCUCGGGAUCGGCAGUUUACGCAAUGAGGAUACCGGAACGCUGGUUUCCCGGGACGUUUGACUUGAUAGGGCAGAGCCAUAAUUGGAUGCACGUAUUGGUUUUAACGGGGGCUUUGGUUAGGUUGGACGGAUUGAUCAAGGUACAGAUGGCGUGGCAGGUCGUCGGCAUGGAGUCAAACCUAGGGGAAAGAACUGCCACACUUCUGUGCAUCUUUGGUUAUGGCGGCCUGGCAGCCCCCUUCAACGCAAGAUCCAGCUUGUCCGAGGACGGUGUCACGAAAGGUACAGUGGCAAUGAUGCCGAUAACGGCCAAGUCACUUGGUCUCGCGUCUGCCCUGAUUCUUCUUGAAGUCCUCCUGGCCAUCGUCAAGCUCCUUUGGCCGCCCCUCCCGCGUUUGCAUACAUUCGGGCGCAGGCCAUACCUCCUACUCUCUGGCUCCAGUCCUCUGACUAGCACCGCAACGUAA